CACGAUAGACAAUCUGCUAUCGUGCAGGCCGUGUCAUAACAAUACCUAUGUGUAUAAGAGGCAGAUUCUCCCUGUUCGCAGAUGUGGUUGCCAGCCCAACCUCACUGAUUGCUCAGGAUAUCCAAGAUGGUUGCCAAAUUCAUUAAGAAUUUCCGCUCCUUCAUAUGGGACUCGGAUACCCACCUGAAAUCCCGCGAAGAACGUCGACUUCUCCGCAAACUUGAUUUCUCAAUCUUAACCAUCGGUUGUGUGGGGUUUUUUCUCAAAUACCUUGACCAAGGCAACCUCUCCAAUGCCUACGUCUCAGGCAUGCAGGAAGACCUGCACAUGUACGGGAACGAAUACACCUACGCCGUGACCUGCUAUACAGUUGCUUACGCCGUCAUGCAAAUACCUAGCAACAUCAUCAUUCAGUAUAUUCGCCCGAGUUACUGGCUUGCUGCUAUGGAGAUUGCAUGGGGCACGUUUACGUUUGCGCAGGCGGGGGUCAAGAACGUACCGGAACUAUACGCGUUCAGAUUUCUGGUCGGGUUCUUCGAAAGUUCUUUCUUCCCAAGUUUAUUGUAUGUGCUUGGGAGCUGGUACACAAAGACUGAGCUGGCGAAACGCAUCGCGAUUUUCCAUAUGACGGCGCCCGUCGGCAGUGCUUUUGGCGGAUAUCUGCAAGCUGCAGUGUACAAAAGUCUGGACGGUCAUCACGGUUUGGAAGGCUGGCGUUGGCUCUACAUUGUCUGUGGCUGCAUGACCGUUCCAGUUGGGUUCGUUACUUGGUGGGUGCUUCCAGACACACCGUACACAACAAACGCUUGGUUUCUUAGCGACGAAGACAAACGACUCGCUAUCGAUCGGGUCCAAAAAGCCGGUAAAGCUGCACCAGCCAAGAUAACUCUAGCAACAUUCAAACGUGUUCUGACCGGAUGGCGCUGGUAUGCGUUUGUGGUUGGCUAUGUGCUCUACGGCAGCGCGUGUGGUGCAAGUGACUAUUUCGGUAUCUGGCUGAAAUCUGAAGGCUUCUCUGUUGUCGACAGAAACAUCAUCCCUACAGGAACAAAGCUAAUUUCCGGGUUCUGCAUUGUGUUAUGGGGCUUUCUGUCCGAUUACACUGGAAGCAGAUUUGUAUUCGUGUUUGGACCCCUCGCCUAUGGUUUGAUUCCAAAUGGUAUCCUAGCGUUCUGGCCAUCGAGCCUAAAUGCGAAGCUUUUCGCAUUCCUGACUUGUGGCGUACAGCUCAUGACUGCUAUCUUCUACACUUGGGCAAAUGAACUUUGUGCUGGCGAUAACGAAGAACGAGCCAUUGUUAUCAGCAGUAUGAACGGUUUCCAGUAUGCGGUCGCAGCCUGGCUUCCCAUCGUCAUCUUCCCACAGACUAUGGCUCCCACUUUCCGCUACGGUUUUCCAGGUACCUUUGGUCUAGUAAUUGCUGCGUUGAUUGCAAUCGUCGCCAUACAGCUUCUGCAGAUGCGCUCAGCCAAGCAAGGUAGUGGAGAACAGAGUUCGAUUGGUGAAGAAAGCGACGUGGAGGCUGGUAUUGACGAGGAGUACGCACCGGACUCCAAAAACAUUCGUACAACGAACAAAACAAGAGAGUUAGAUAGCGCGUCCUGAACGCUGCAAAGCCGUACUAAGGUAUACUGUAAUUAGUUACGUGCGAUCAGCUACUUGGCGGAAUGCAGCAUUAUGCAGGAUGGCACUUUCUCGUCGGGAUGUAUGCACUUGACCAGAGAUAUUUAGUCGUAGUUUCGCAGCCUGUUGGCUCAAUGACUGUUUGGACGUGUCUGAGCGU